UCUUUCAAUCUUUUCUAGGCUGGCUAGACUGAUCUUCUUUUUUGCUUCCAGGGCGGUACAGGGGUGGUUCGUGACGUUCAUUUCGAGAGUGUGACAAUGAAUGACGUUGCAUUUCCAGUCAUUAUAAACCAGUUCUACUGCGACAGUGUGCUUCCUUGCGAGAACCAGACAGAUGCGGUGCAAGUUCACGACGUUUAUUUCAAGAACAUCCGCGGCACGUCUCGGACAGAUUUCUCAGUGUACCUUGCGUGCAGCGACACCGUCCCUUGCCAGAAUAUUUUCCUGCAGGAUGUAAGUCUUACGCUUUCCGGUUCUAAUGACUUGUCCACUACGUCGUCCUUCUGCUGGAACGCCAUGGGAGAGUGGUAUGGGGCUGAGGAUCCAUACAACUGCCUGGGAAGCUCGGACACUCAAACUUCCCUCCAGUUCUGUGCGACCACAAACUCAAAGAACAAUUGACAAGGCCGUAAGUUCUGGCAAA